AUGUGUGGGGAUGGUUCCUUCCCCGUCUCCCUCAUCUUUAUUUAUACGAGUGGGGAGAAUAGAAGAAUUAAAAGAAAAAAAGAGGGGGCGAGAGAGAGAGAGAGAGAGAGAGAGAGAGAGAGGAAAUGGCAGAGCUAUUCCGGAAACAGGCGAAGAAUUAUGCGGAGGCACGCCCGGGUUAUCCCGCGGAGCUAUUCCAGUUCAUUGCGUCCAAGACUCCCAACCACGAUCUCGCAUGGGAUGUCGGCACCGGAAGCGGACAGGCUGCCGUAUCCCUAGCCAAGAUCUACAAGAGCGUGGUGGGCUCGGACACGAGCAGAGAACAACUAGCCUUCGCGCCCGAGCUCCCCAACGUCCGGUACGUACAAACUCCCGCCACCAUCUCCCUCCCUGAUCUCCAACGUGACGUGGCGGCACCAUCCACCGUCGAUCUCAUCACCGUGGCCCAGGCCGUCCACUGGUUCCACCUCCCCACCUUCUACGCCCAGGCCCGCCACCUCCUCCGCGGGCCCCACGGCGUCCUCGCCGCGUGGUGCUACACCGUGCCCCGGGUGGACCCGCCGGUGGACUCCGUGUUCUCGCGCCUGUACACCGAGUCCGGCCCCUUCUGGGCCCCGCAGCGCCGGACGGUGGAUGACGAGCUCCGGAGCAUCGAUUUCCCGUUCGAUCCGGUGGAGGGGGAGGCGCACACCGGGCCGUUUGAGUUCAUGGAGGAGAGGGAGAUGGAUUUGGAGACGUAUCUGACGUACAUCAGGUCGUGGUCGGCGUAUCAGACGGCCAGGGAGAAGGCGGUGGAGCUGUUGAGUGAUGGGGUGGUGACUGAUUUGGAGAGGGCUUGGGGUGGAGAUGGGAAGGUUGUUAAGCUCGUCCGGUAUCCUAUUUUUCUUAGGAUUGGAAAGGUGAGAACUUAUUAGUAUCUCCUUCACCAAUAAUUCAGCUGUUUUCUUUUCUUCUUUUUUUUUUGGUGGUUGUUUGCACCAGAGACUUCAAGCAAUACAAUUGCUGGAUUUAUUGUAUACUGAUGCUAGUGGGAAUGCCCAUUUCAUCUAAAGGAGGGCAAUGGCUAGGUGCAGCCGCAUGUGUUAGUUUCCUCAGGGGUCUGUGUCGAAUGGAGAUAAAACUUGUAGGGAAUUAAGAGGAAAUGGAUGUGUCGUAUGGAGCAUGUUUAUGAAAUUAACCUGCAAGCUUGGUUUAUAUAUAAGAUUAUAUAGCCGUUGUUCA